AUGUCCCAUUAAAACACCUGUUGUUCUUUCACCUACACCACCAAACUGAGACACCUUUUAUGGUAUAAAUCAGGCAGGGAGACUGUUCGGUAGCACAGUGUCCACGGGGAACCAACACUUUCUUGCAUGAUGAUGUUGCGCCCGACACUGGUCCUGCUGAUGGUGGUGCUGAUGCUCAUCCCAGAGGAAGGCGAAGGAUGGCUUUUUGGGCGGCGGCGUCGGCGGCGGCGGUACCAUGUCCGUAGAACCGACAUCACCAACAACUGCCACUGCAACAAGAUUCACGCUGACAUCAUCAAGCUGCUAAAGGAUGUCUUGAAAUCUCAACGACGUUUGGGCAGACGUGAAGUUUCAACCAUUCUUGAUGUUGAUGAAGAUGACCCGCUUCUGGAGGAAUUCAUGCAGAACUCAAUGGACAAACGAGACGGUCUGAUCAACAAGGAGCAGUUGCUGGCAGCAGCGGAGCGUGCAGCACAACAGCCGAGCAGGAGGAACAGCAACCACUGCCAGUGUGGGAGGAUGGUCCUGGAGGAGGCUGCACCCAACAGUAGCUGAACACAGACGCAUGGCGGACAGUGGCGCUGACCUUAGAGGCUGACAAAUAAAUUUUGCAAGACUGAA